CUAUUUUGAUCCCUACAUUUAGCCUGCUCCAGUGUUUCCAAACCGAUUUUUCCGGUGUGUUUUGUGAGAAUAUAUUAAUUUAUCGCGGCGGUAAGUGACACGACAUGCCUGCACCGGGUUUAAAAUGUCCCCGCUGCGGCUCGCCCAACAUUGUAGAGGACGAUCAUCACACUCAGCGCCAGAAUGUCUGCGUGGACUGUGGUGCUGUGGUGUCAGAGGGGGCUCUCACCCACGAUGUUUUCGAAGGCUCAGAUGUCAGCUACAGCCGAACAACAGCUGUCGCUAAAAAGCCAUGUUUAAACCAGAUAAAAGGCCAGCAGCAACUAAAAGCCCUCUGCAGAGUCCUACGGGCCAACAAUGAAAUCGAGACCUUGUCAAGCACGUAUUUCGCGCAGGCUUACGAGCACGAAAGCUUCCUGAAAGUCAGCCUGCAGAAAAAGGAAUGCCUGGCCGGCUGCUGCGUGCUGGUGAGCUGCAGGCAGCUCAACUGGCCCGUCACCAUGGGCACCAUCGCAUGUUUGAUGGAGGCAGACAUUGUGAUGAUGGGCGCCGUCUACCAAGAAAUGAUGAAGGUUCUCAAGGUGGAGGCACCACUGAUCAACGUCAGCGAUGUGAUGGAGGCUCAUUGUCAAGAGUACAAAAUUAGCUCCCUCGAUGUGCAUGAAGACCUUGCCGAGGACCACAAGGACUUAAACAAACGAGCCUUGGCCCUGGUAGAGCUGGCCUCCGACUCCUGGAUCCUGACCGGCCGCAAGCCCGUCCCCUUAAUGAUGGCGACGGUCUACUUGGCCUGGCAGUCCCUAAACCCCAAUCACGUUCGCAUCAAAGUGUCACUGGAGAAGUUCUGUCUCAUUGCCAAAAUGAAAAAGAACCGGGUCGCCGCCAAGAGAGUGGGUGAGCUCAAGGAGGUGCUUUGCAAACUGGGGAAGGAGAUCCCUUGGGUGACGGAUCCGGUGACGUCGGACAAUGUGGUUAAGCACGUGGAAGAUAUCGUAAAGAACAGAUUUGCUCUACUACGGAGGGCUAUGAGGAGCCAUGAGGAAGCCUUAAACCAACUCUGCUGCGAAGAAGCAAAUCCUUCUGAACCUGAAGAUCAGACUCCACAUGCAACCACUCGAAAUUCUAAGGAGGCUAAAGAGACAGGAGAGGAUACAGAGUCCAAGAGUAAUCAAGAACCAGAACCCAACUGGGGGAAGAGAAUGCUUUUCGCACCACCCUGUGUGAUUCACCCUAAAAGACGGAGAAUGGCGCUAGAAGGGCUUAAAGAUGUGACGGGUGAUGAGGAGAUCUCGGACAGCGAGAUUGAGUCUUAUAUUCGCACCCCGCGGGAGGCCAGGGAAUUUGCGGAGAUGCAGAAGGCUUGGGGAUCACAAAAUGAGGAGGCCAAAUGUGAAUAAUGAGGACUGGAGCUACUGGACUUCUGCAAUUAUGCACUCAAAAGGACACUCUUUUUUUCUUUUUUUUUUUUUUAUAUCAUUUUCCUUAAUUGAUCAAGACUGUAAACGUUUUGUUUAGUAGAAUUUUUAUUAAAAAACACACACAGAGUAGUGAUGUGUACAAAUUCAUUUUAAUGUCAAUCACACAACAUAGCUCCCAUUGUCAUAAUGCAUUCAUUUUAUUCAUGACAGUCACAAAGAAAUCAAAAUUAUACAGUUAUAAUUUACACAAAAUAAACAAAUCAAUACAACAGAACACAUCACAAAUUAUUCGCAAUAAUACAAUCUACGGAUGUUGAAUAUUUUUAUAAUCAAUUAUUCUAUCGCAUCGAUCAAUCAAAUAAAAUUGUAUGUAGCAUACAAAUAAAUUGCCCCAUUUACUGUUAAUGAUUAAUAACUAAAUGACAACAAAACAAUAUGGCGCAAGAGGUGAUUAAUGGUGGUCUCAUGACUUGACUAAUUAAGGAAUGCUGAAGUAAGUAACUUGAUUUCUGUGCAGGUCCGUUGUCGUGGAACUGUACACUAUCCUGAGUUUGGCGCAGGCAGAAGCUGGGAAUUGAGUGUGAAUGCUUGUCCGUCUCCAAAUGUGAAUCACUAAUGACCUUU